UACCGCGAAUCCAAAAAAGCGAAUAUCAAAAUAGCGAUGGCAAAAUAGCUAAGUAUAAAAUAGCUAAAAGCCAUAAUAGCGAAUGUUCGAAACAGCCAAAGUAUAUUAUUUUUAAUUUAUUUUCCUGAUUAGUAAUAGUUAUAAAGAUACAGAUAAUCACAAUCAGUUUUAUAGCUGGGUUAUCCAAUAGGUAUAUAUUACGACAAGAUAUGGCGAGAUUAUGACGAGAUAUAAUAAUAAAAUAGGUGGAUUAGAUAUGAGCACAAUAUUCGACAGCGACAGUGUAUGUUAAACCGCACAGUAUUAUAGUUAUAUAACUCGUGUAUCAUACAGUUUCACAGUUAUGUCGUUUAAAAAUAUCGAAUAUUUAAUAUCACAAAAAAAUAAACCACUCGUAAAAUACGAUGGGUUUUUGUAUCGGAAAGAUUGCGAAAACGGCGAAGUUUCAUACUGGAGAUGUGCGGAAGUUGAAAAAUGUCGUGGUCGAAUUAAUAUUAAAAAUGAUUUGGUUAUUAAAGAUUCUUCAUUCAAACAUGUACAUGUCCCCAAUCCAGCUAAAAUCGAAGUCAAACAACUAACUGAAGAAAUGAAAAAAAGUGCUUUAACUACUCAACAUAAUCCAAGUAAAAUUAUUAGUGAUAUUGUAAAAACGGCAUCAUCCAAUGUAAUUCAAGGGAGUCUCACAAGUGUACCAAAUCUUAAAAGAAUUAUUCAGCGAACUAGGCAAUGUAAUCAACAUUCUCCACCUAAUCCACUAACCUUGAAAGAUUUAGGAGAAAUUCCAGACAUUUAUAAACAAACAAACAAUGGAAGUAAGUUUUUGUUAUUUGAUAAUUAUGAAAUUAAUGGUCCUACAAAAAAUAGAAUUUUAAUAUUUUGUACACGUGAGGGAUUAGAGUUAAUGUCUGAAUCUGAACAUUGGUUCGCCGACGGUACAUUUAAGAGCGCUCCUUCUAUAUUCACACAAAUAUACACUAUUCACGUAUUGAUAUAUAAUACUGUAAUACCAGUAGUUUUUGCAUUAUUACCUGAUAAAAGUACUUCAACAUAUUCUUAUUUAAUCAAAACACUAAAAUCGCAUAUACCAUUAAAUCCUAAAACUAUUAUGACUGACUUCGAACAAAGUGCGAUAUUGGCAUUUAAGGAAAUUUUUCCCAAUAUAAUUUCUCGUGGCUGUCACUUUCACUUAAGUCAAUGUGUAUGGCGAAAAAUACAAUCGAUACCCACGAUUCACGAAAAAUAUAUAACUGAUGCAGAAUUUUGUAUUCAAAUACGAUUGUUACCAGCACUUGCUUAUGUACCAGUAUCUGACGUAAUAGCAAGUUUCGAGCACUUAUGUGAAAGUGAUUAUUACAUAGAACACGAAGAACUUUUUCGACCACUACUGGACUACUUUGAAGAUACUUGGCUUGGAAAGACGGUGCGUAAACGACGUCGAGGUCCAACAUUUCCUCUAGAAAUGUGGAAUUGUUAUGACGCGAUAGAUUUGCCAAAGACUAAUAAUUCAGUCGAAGGUUGGAAUCGUGGUUUUAAUCAUUUACUUGGAUCGUGUCACCCAACACUUUGGAAACUUAUAGAAGGGUUCAAACAAGAACAGACUAACACAGAAAUGAAAAUAGAGCAAUACAUAAGCGGACAAAAUCCAAUAAAAAAAAAGAAAAAAUAUCAAGAUACUGCAUUAAGAAUUUUAGAAAUUCAAAAACAAUAUACAGAAAGAAAUAUCUUAAAUUAUUUGAAAGGCAUAGCCUAUAAUUUAUCACUACAAGUAUAA